CAGGAAGUGGACAGAGGAACGUCUGAGAGGUCUCAAGUUUCGUCCUCUGUUGUUCGAAAAUUACGGAUAUUCAUUCGCAGGAAACAUCUGUCGUAGCAGAGAGAUGUGCACGUUUGAUAAGGACAAAGGGCCAAGGAGGCUGAUGAAAAAGGGGUUAACUCUCAUCCUGGUCGGCCAUAUUAACUUCAUUCUUGGAGCUAUUGUCCAUGGCAGUGUUCUCCGCCACAUUUCCAAACCCAGCCAGCAUAUCACCACUGAAUACACUGUAGCCAACAUCAUCUCUGUCACCUCUGGCCUGCUGAGCAUUGUCACCGGGAUUAUUGCUAUUGUGGUGUCAAGGAACCUUCAUGUAUUAAAACUGCAAAUAGGACUUCUAACUGCAUCAUUCCUGAACACCCUGCUCUCAGCGUCAUGCUGCACUGGUCUCAUCUUGGCCAUUAGUGUCACUGUUGCCCACAAUGGGCAGGGCUUGAUGGUGGGAUGCAAUGACACACAGGUGCCCAUCAAUGCUCGGUCACCUAUCACUGCCCAAUGCCCAUUUGAUACAACAAGAAUUUAUGACACCACCCUUGCGCUGUGGGUCCCUUGUACUGUGCUGGCAGCGGUUGAGGUCGGACUGUCUGUGUGGUGCUUCAUCGUUGGAUUGGCUCUCAGAGGGCUGGCACCCUGUGGGAACAGCUACAUCAAAGAGCAGUUGGAGGAAGAGGCUGAGUGCUCUCCCCACAGCCGACGUCUAAUUGGACAGCGCAUGAACCCUGACGCCUAACUGAACAAAAAGCAGGAAGGACACCACUCCAUGUAGACAAGUACAGCUAAAUUGCAAAGGCAUCACUGCACCUGUAUUCAGACUAGUAGAUCUUGCCCUGCAGUCAGCUAGGUGAGUGUCUCUGUGGAACAGGAGUGGAAUCCAUUUUAAGAGACUAAGAAACCUAUCAGUGAUAAAUUAAUUCACAGUGACGCAUAAAAAACUCACAUACGUUUCGCAGGUGCAUUCCUUUUGUGCAGAUAUUGGGAUACAGUGUGCAUAUAUAUGUGUGGAAGCUACAGUAAGAUAUUACUAUGGUGGCCCUGAGAGCUCAACGUGCCGCAAAUUCAGAAAACAUCUUUAUGAAUUUGACAACAAAUGCACUGCAAAAAAAUCACAACACAUGCAAAUAAACAAACACGCUGCCAAUUCAGUCCUACAACACAAUGGAGGUGUUUCCUGCGGUUGGGAUGCACACCGUUGUGUUUUUUGAAUUUGCAGCACGUUUGUGUAUUUUAAAGUGUUUUCAUAAGUUGCACUGCAUUGAGCUCUCAGGGCCACUGUAUAUUACUGAUCCUUUCAGUCUCAUCACUAUCCCUACUUGACUGUUUGGUAGUAGUACCAGUGCUAAGCAUGUCUUUCAGUAUGAAGAAACCUUUGUUUAUGAAGAAAGUGCAUUUUUAUACCUUUCAAAAAUAUGUAUAUUUUAGCUGAAUUUAGGAUUAUUUUAGCUUGUGUAAACUCGUUUCACAUUUCAGCAAAAUCUAUUUUAUUGUUCCUGUGUAUAAUAUUUCACUGUUUGUCCAGAUUAUAAACCACUUAAUUUCAUUUGAGACGCAACCAUACUCAUCAAUGUUUGCCAAAAUACUAGUUUAAUGCACAGAAAUAAUUAUGUUUCAUGCUAGCUGUAGUUUGGCUUCAAACUAAAGUAGACACACUAAAUUGCACUUCUUGAAAGUGGUUUAUAUUAGUAGAAAAUUGUAAGGACAACUGCAGUUAGUGACAUGUUCAUUGGUUUCCACUGUGGCUCACUCUUGUGGAAAAAACAAUUGGCUAGAUGAACAUGCCCCAGAUAUAGCAACAGUACUACAUAUUAUGUUUUGUUUUUUUAUGAUUUUGUUCAUUUUAAUGUUUUACUUUUCUCUGAUCACAUUAUUAUUUGUUAGCCCCAUACUAGAAUUAUUGACUUUCAGAAAAAUAUGCUUCAGAGAGAAAACACAAACAAUUUGAAAAGGUAUCUGAAAAGUUAGGACUUAAACUUAAUCAAACCAAUGUAUUUAAAAUGGUUUUAUAUAAUUUUUUUGUUGCUUUUGCCUCUAUUAAGACAUAUGCAUUGAUAAAAUGACAACUCAAUUAAGAACCUUAGGUCACAAAUUGGAAAUGCAGACCCAGAUUUACAAUAGGUCCCAUCAUUGACAGUUUAGAUUACUAAAAAGCAGUGUAGUGGGGAUAUUUAAAGAAUGCUUAAGAAAGAUGCUCUGAACCCCCUGAAUUUAAAAUAAACUGAACUGCAGCAUAGCUGUGUAUGAACUGAGUGCCUCUGUAUGUAGGGUGAAUGUCAAGUGGGGUCAUAUUAAGAGGUUAAACCAGUAUGUGGGCCAGCACAGACCCCCCACAACUCAACAACAGAGAGGAUCAGAUCAGAUCAGAUCAGCCAUGAAACAGUUAAUCUAGUGGCGUGCUAAAUCGUGUGGAAGGGAAUCAUAGCACGCAGUACUAAUCCUGACAAUGUAAGGGAUAAAUAUUGACAUAGUGUUGACUGAUACAAUCACAACAAGUCUGUGUGUCUGUUUCAGUCAGUAGGAUGUUAAUGUUGCACCCCAGACUCUUAAAAUUUGCAUUUGAAAUCCCAAGAUGGAUAUGAGCUCAGACAAGCUUAUUGUUGUAUCAGGGGAAAUAAACAGAACUCAAGCAAAGUCAUAUGACAUGAUGUUUUAAUGAAUAGUUAGCAUUGUCAGACACUAAAGGCUUUAUGAAAUAAAUGAGUGCCAUAUCAUUUGGCUCUUGGGAACAUUUUUUGUUGUGAGAUAAUAGAUGUCCCAUAUCUAAGGUUUUUGUUGAAUGUAGUCGAUUUAUAAAUUUGCCACAACUCAUAUUUUUAUUUAAAAUAUUUUCCAUUUAAAAUAACAUUAGCAAAUCACUGAUUUGACAAAGGGUAUUCAUUAUCACUUUUAUUACCAAUAAAAUCACUGAUAAAAAUGAGCAUGUUAUUUUCUUGAAAUUGAUUUGAAUUAAAAUAAUUUAAUACAAACCUUAAAAUAUGGUUGAGUCCCUCUUUCUGCUGUAAGACUUAUUAUCAUUGAACCUAAUUGAGGGACUAAAUGAAAGCCUUUGGUGGUUGUUUGUUUCAAAACAAGGUAAAUUUAAGCUCUUUAAAUAAAUUGAGUAGGUCAGCCUGAUAGGACAAAACAAGUGCCAUCAUUCAUCUUUCCCACUGAUCCAGCCUAACUGUAAACUCUCUAAGAGAUGUUAAAGGUGUGUAUUUUGUAAUAUAGUUUGCCUGCUUUGUUAAAAUUUGACAAAUGUGGUUGUACUGUGCAUUUCAUGAUUUCCUUUAUGGUUUUGUAGCAGUAUAUAAUGUAGAAUUUUAAUAAAGAUUUUUGUUAAUGUUA